GUGACCUAGUUCAGGGCCAUCGGAUUUCAACGAUAGCCGAACGAACUGGAAUUACGCAGAAGGAGCGAGAAAUGUGAAACUUAUGCUGGAAAUAGCCGCGCGGGUGUGACGGAUCUGACGGUGGUCACUCUAUCGGCUGCUCGAUGUCAGCGCAACAGAUUUUUAAUUCUGUUACACCCAACUAGAUACUUGACGAAAGCAUGUAAGAAACUACGGAACCAAACUAUUAUACAAGGCACGUUAGAUUCAAGCAAAUUCAUUUAGGUUUUAUAGCAUGGAACGCUAUUAGAAAAUCAAAGUGUGCGACAAAAAUGGAAAAAUGAGGUAAGAGUUGACGUGACGCUGACCUUGAAUGCCAAGUAUAUGGAUUGGAAGCGCGAACCGCAAGCUCAGGAAGAAAUGCCGCUAAGCCAGGUCACCCAGGGUAACACCCUGGGGGUAACCGGAGGCGUAAAUCCAGGAACAACACCUCAGAUAAUUCCAAUUAACUGCAACCCUCCGCCGUCCUACCACAAUAUAAACCUGCCAAUUGGCCACCCGUCCGUAUUAGCUAGUGAUCGAGGAGCGCCGCCUUCUUACGAAGAAGCGAUAGACCCAAAUGCCCCGCCGCCAUCCUACGAUUCUUUAUUUGGCCGAAUGCGGGAGGCCCACAAGGCUUCCAAGGGUGUUUUUGACUUUUUAAAAAAUAUCAUCGUUCUCCUUCUCGGCACAAGUUUACUCGAUUUAAUUGGGUGCACGAUCAUCCUAGGUGUGACAAUAGUGAUUCCAAUUUGCAUGAUGGUGAUCGGUGGACUUUAUUUGUACGAUUGUCCGCAGGGAGAAUACAUUCCAGUUUAUCUAUUAGUUGGGGGUGGUAUUGGGGUUUUUAAACAGCUACUGCACCUUUCGGUCAGAGUUCGCGAACGGCAGGAGGAACGGGACGAAGAGAGAGUGAGACAAUCCUCCACGCAAACCUUGAUAAACUGCUUCAUGCUCGGCUGGUUCAUCAUCGGUUCCAUGUGGGUUUACAAGGCGUUUGAGCCCAAUUACGAUCCAUCCAGGGGGAAGUACUGCAACAAAACGCUGUAUUUAUUCGCCUUCUGGCUGAUCACAUGCGUCUACAUUGCUUUGGGAGUCAUCACAGCCUGCUUGUGCAGCAUUUCCGUAGCUAGCAUUGCUUUUCAAAGGCCGCCUCCUGAUCUCAUGUAACAAUUCUCAGUUGUUCAUUCUAUGGACAAUAACGCGUCGAAGACAUUUUCAGGGCAAGACGUACCCUGCCAAUAAAACACUUUGAUAUUGUGGUGCAUGUUCGGAUUACGGGGCCGGAAUAAGUCGAUCAAUUGAAAUUGUAACAGACAUCCAAAACUGUUAUUCCGAUACUUUAAUUUUUACUUCCUUUUCUCUUGGGUUUCUCACUCAAUGUAAUAUAUUUCACUUCAAUACCCGAGAGAAAAGUCUAACUUUUAAUUACUUCGUGAGCAUCUGUGCCAUUAUCUAACGACAACGGGAGUCAAUAUCUCUUCACGAUGUACAUUAUUACAAUAAGAUUUCUGAACCGUCUACUGUGUACAUUUUUUUAAUUUUAUCCCGUAAGCUUAAUUUAUGUGUAGUUCUAACUUAAUUGCUAUUACAUUAUCGUAUUGUCUGUCCGGGAAAGAAAUUUACAUGUGAAUAACAUAUAAUGUCGACAUAUAAUUAUAUGGAUAUGUCCACUAAAUUUUACAAAUUUUAAAUUCAACCUUAAAAGCCACUCUAUUUGUUCCGUCGUAAAAUUUUUAACGUUUUGAGAAUUUACCAUACACAUAUACGUGUACUCGUGUACGAUUUUGUUUCCCGGAUUUUUUGUUGUGAGUUAUUUUACUCUUGUAUACUUUGUAGUACUGUAUGAUAUAUCGGAUGUGAGAAUUAUAGAACGGUGUCUCGAAUAUUGAGCACCUGAACUACGCAAUUAAGAGACUAAAAACGCUUUUUUUACUUGAGAAGUCUUCUUAUAAGCACUCUAUACCUCUGGUGUAGAGAAAUAAUGUAAUAAUAAUUUUCGUAAAAUCUUCAACGAACUUUAUAACAUUUACGUACGAAAAAUUUCCUAUCUUAUGAUUGCAGAAUGUAACACCUCUGAAUGAAAUAAAAUGCUAGAUAACUUUUUGAAAAAUA